AUGUGUAAUACAUACUUCAUUAUUGUACUAUCAAUACAUUUACAUCUUAUUCAUUACACAUCAUCAUUCUCUUUAAACUUCUUGAGUAACAAAUCAUCAAGAAAUAAUAGUUAUGUUGAAGAUGUAGUUAAACUACCUUCAUCUAUAAAAUAUAACAUUCAAAAUGUUGAUUCAAUUCCAACGAAUGAGGAUAAUCUGUUUGCAAGGAUACUUCAGAAAAAACAAGAUGACAUAGAUACUGAUAAACAAAUUCAGGAAAUUAACGAGUCUAUAAAGGAUGGAUCAAUAAUAGACCCAAAAACCAAGGAUAAAUUAUUCCAGGAAGAAAGGGACGAGGAUGAACAAAAGCUAGAGAAAAAAGAGGUUUCUCUUGACAGUUCUGGCGAAAAUUAUAAGGAAGGUGUCGAAUCGACUUCUGAGGAGCUUGGUGAUAUCUCUAAUAAGCUCCAGUCGGACGGUGUAGCAUCAAAGGAUUCCGAUGAUAUUCAAUUAAGAGAUAACUUAUUGAACAAAGUGAUCAAGUCACAACAGAAAAGCGUUUUUGGGGCUUAAUAUAUUUUUUAAAUGCACAUUUUAUUAUUUUCC